GUUGCUUAGUGUCGGCAGCCAAUCAGAAAGCGGCUCGGCACGCAGGGUCUGGUUGUCACUCACAUCAUCCGCCAUUCACUAACUCACUCAUUCGCUCGCCCAUUCACCCCCACGGUCUUCACAUUUCGCCCGCACCUGCUCCAAGUGAACAUUUAAGCAGAGCUUGCGCUACCUCUGUUCCUCAACUUCACCUUCGCCCACCACCAAAACCACACACCUCUUCCGACCGCACCAGCGCUUCUACCUUCAUCGGCUACUCCGACAGUGCACUCAGCACCUCAUCCGCACUCAGGUAACCACAUUUCCAUCUUCCAUCCAUCCAUUGCACAGCAUCAUGGCCGGAGAAGGAGAGCAAAUGGUGAAGCUGGUGAGCUCCGAUCAGGUGGAGAUUCCUGUCGAGCGCAAGGUGGCCGAGCGCAGCAUGCUCAUCAAGAACAUGAUUGAGGAUCUCGGCGCCCCUGGCGAAGAGCCCAUCCCCAUCAUGAACGUCUCCGAGCCCGUCCUCCGCAAAGUCCUCGAGUGGUGCACGCAUCACAAGAACGACCCCGCCCCCACGCAAGACGACGACGCCGACAGCCGCAAGAAGACGACGGACAUUGAAGACUGGGACCAAAAGUUCAUGCAAGUCGACCAGGAGAUGCUGUUCGAGAUCAUCCUCGCCGCCAAUUACAUGGACAUCAAGGCGCUGCUCGACGUCGGAUGCAAGACGGUCGCCAACAUGAUCAAGGGCAAGAGCCCCGAGGAGAUCCGCAAGACGUUCAACAUCCAGAAUGACUUCACGCCCGAGGAGGAGGACCAGAUUCGUCGGGAGAACGAGUGGGCCGAGGACCGUUAAGGGAGUGGUGUGGCUGCUUUUGCCGUACCUUUCUGGCUUUCGGUUGUCACGGGGGGGAGAUACUGCCUGUCUCUGCUCUCUCUUCUCUCAGUGUGUGUGCUGCAUAAGAAGCGGCUGGGUAUGGCUGCUGAUACGAGGGUGGCUUGGAACUGCGCAAGGGCGUUCAACGGGCGAUAGCUACACAGGCAGAACAGCUUUCUACCUCUUCAUGCUCGAUAGUUGCUUCUGAGAUGAGAUUCUAAACCAAUUCAGCACACCGCUCUUCAACUAUAGGCACCAGCGCUUUAUCGUCGCGAAGCACUUGGACGGCAUUUCUGCAAGAGACUUUCAU